UUCUCGCCAGUUCAUUUAGACCAUUCCGGCCCUUUUCGCGCUAAACGCGCAGGAUUCCUGUGUUUCAAGCCACGACGCGCGUCAUUUCUCCACUGAUGUCCACUGAUUUAUGAUUUUUUUUUUUUUAUUCUUAAUUUAAUUAAUUUUUGCGUGUGUUUGCGUGGGGGCCAUUUGUUGGCUUGGAUCCGUUUCGGGAAACGCUGGGCUUCUUUCCCUCCCCAGUUUGCCCAAUUUGGAGCAGGAGACGCGUAACUUUCUUCUCCCAUGUGGAAAACCCGCUCUCUCCGGCUCGGAGAAGACGCGGCUUGACGGUGCCUUGGAGAGAUCUGGCUGCUCGCGGAGACGCUGGUAGAGACUGUAGCUGGAGCAGUAACAUUUUUGAAGCCCUCGAGUGAGGUGUCACACGCGGGCACACACACAGACACAGACAGACACACACACACACACACACACACACACACACACACACAAACGCUCGAACAGAUAAAUAUCUUUCUGUUGCGCAUUAUCCAACUUAAGACCCUCGGAAGAGCUGCAACAGCGUCGUGUGGACGCUAACAACUGCAGAGAGGUUUUAUUUAUCCACCAUCAGCUACUGGAACAACUGGGAUUUAACAUCCGACCGCUGGGAUUCCUACCAUGUCAGGUGUACGGGAUUUCAGAUGGACUCUCCUCAUCUGUGUGGCGGCGCUUUCAUAUGCUCUCGCAGGUAAAAUCUUUCCAACCAGCUCAGAUGCCCUCCUCAGUUCCUCAGCAAUGACAGCCAGUCCUUCGCCACCCAACGUGUACCUUCCCGCCAGCUUUAAAAUGUCCAAUGCGCAACUGGCUUUCUUUUUGCGAGAGGCUGAGAUGACAGGACAAACGGUUGGCGGCGGCAGUAAGAGCAGCAGUGGUCCCAGCACUGGACACCCACUGCAGCGUUCUGAGAGUUUUGUGGUUUUCCAGACAAAAGACCUCCCUGCCAUCAACAUAAGCUUUGGGCCUUUUGCCCGAGACCAGGCCCUGUCCAAGGAGUUGCUCCAGCCAGCUAGUCCACUGGAUAUUCCUGGCCAGCUGACAGUCAAUUGGAAGGUGCGGGCCUUCAUUGUCCAGGCCCGGGUCUUCUCCAACAACCCCACAGUCCAGGUGUUUUUCUACAUCGCUGGUCGCGACUGGGAUGACUUCAAGGCUCAGGACAAGCUGCCCUGCGUCCGUCUGCAUGCCUUCCGGGAUGUCCGUGAAAUUAAAACCUCCUGCCGCAUGAAAGGCAACCUGGCGCAGUGCUUGGCCCAGCUGGAACUGCCUCCGUCCUGGUUUAACACCAACGUGGCCCCACUGGGCCGGAGGAAAGGCUCAGGUGAUGGGCUCUUGGAGGGGCUAACCACUGAGACCCUCCAGGCUGAGCUGUACUACACACUCCAUGAGCCUAAUCUGGAGGGGGAGUGCAGUGAGGGUUCUAGUCAUAGGGGUGGUGGUCUUUCCAGGGGAGAACCUCUGUCACAGCACCCCCUGCUGCGCAUCGGUAGCAUCAGCCUGUACCAGGCCAGUCAGGAGCAGCUGCUGGUGGACAAGCAGUUGGACAAAAACAUGUUCCUCAGGCUGCCUGAGAAGCCCCUGAAGCCUGGAGAGACCCUCAAAAUCUUCCUCUACUUGAUGCCCAACUCCACUGUCGAACAGUUCAGCCUCAAGGUCAAAGCAAAGAAAGGGGUGAACCUGCUCCAGACCAAGUCAAAGAACACCCAGUGGAAGGUGGACUGGGAGGUGCAGUCCGGCGCCAAGCAUUCUAUUACCACCAUCGAUGUGAACAAGAACAAAGCAGUCAAACAGGGGGAUGUGCUGGGCAACGUCGAGGUGAUGCAGUUGGAUUUCGAGAUGGAGAACUUCACCAGCCUCUCGGUGACCAGGAGGAUCAACUGGAACAUCGACUACAAGGGCCAGAACCCACCUCCUGAUUCAGAGAAGGUUGUGACGGAGUUGACCGUGGUGCAGCGGGACAUCCAGGCCAUCAUCCCUCUGGCCAUGGACACUGAGAUUAUCAACACAGCCAUUCUGACUGGACGCACUGUGGCCAUUCCUGUCAAAAUGGUCUCCAUAGAGAUGAGUGGAGCGGUCACUGAUGUCUCAGCCUCUGUGCAGUGCAAGUCCUCAAAUGAAGACAUUGUUAAGGUGUCCAUGAAUUGCGACUACGUGUUCGUCAAUGGGAAGGAGACGCGGGGCUCCAUGAAUGCCAGGGUUAUCUUCAGCUACGAGCACCUGAGCGCACCCCUGGAGCUGACGGUCUGGGUGCCUAAACUUCCCCUGCAGGUGGAACUUUCUGAUAACAAUCUCAGCUUCAUCAAAGGCUGGAGGGUUCCCAUUCUGCCCGACCGAAGGAGCACCAGAGACAGCGAUGCAGAUGACGAAGAUGACGAGCGCCGGGUGAGUCGAGGCUGCACGCUGCAGUACCAGCGCGCCCUGGUCAAGGUGCUGACCCAGUUCCACACCACCUCCACAGAGGGAACCGAUCAGGUAAUCACCAUGCUGGGGCCCGACUGGCAGGUGGAUGUCACUGACCUGAUCCAGGACUCCCUGAAGGUGGCUGACCCUAGGAUAGCAGAGUUGGUGGACAGGACUGUCCUGGUGGGCCUGGAGCUGGGAAAUACCGUGCUGAAGGUGGAGUCUCCGCUGGCGGUGGAUGCGGUGCUGGGGGAGUCUGAAUUCUCAGUCACAGACGACAAGGUUUCAAUCACAGAGCUGCGGGUUCACGCCAUUUCAGGCCUGACCCUGUCACUGCAGCCCAGCCCCGGCAACAGCCACACCAUGGUAGCCAAGGCAACCGGCCUCCAGACGCUCACGGCUCCCAAACAGGAGGCCAGUUUGUCUGUCUGGAUGCUUUUCAGUGACAACACAGCUGCCACUCUGACUUACUUUGAUCCCAAGGACUACAACCUUAAUGCUUCCACACUGGAUGACAAAGUUGUGUCAGUAUCCCAGGAGCCUCAGCAACGCUGGCCCGUGGUGGUGGCAGAAGGGGAGGGAUCUGGCGAGAUGGUACGUUUAGAAAUGACUAUCUGUGAGGCCUGCCAGAAGACCAAACGCAAAAGCGUCAUUGCAUCUGCUGGGGUUUAUGUCAAGGUCCGCUUUGGCCCAGAGGAAGACUCUGAGGAAGAGGCAACCACAGAGGGCGAAAUUGAGCUGGCACCUGUCACCAGACGUCCAAUCAUUGAUCCGAACAUCAAUGGAAGAAUUUAUGAGACAUCUAAUGAGCAGCCAGCUAGUGUUCCCAUUGAUUACACUAAUUUCCCUACUAUUAGCAACCACGAGCAACCAACUGAGAGUGAUGAAGAGGAGGAAGACGACGAAUUUGUGCAUUCGCCUCGCAACAUGACCGACCUUGAGAUAGGCAUGUAUGCUUUACUGGGAGUCUUCUGCCUGGCCAUCUUAGUCUUUCUCAUCAACUGCAUAGUCUUUGUGCUUAAAUACCGCCAUAAGCGGAUCCCACCUGAGGGUCAGGCCAACAUGGACCAUUCCCAUCACUGGGUGUUCCUGGGAAAUGGCCAGCCACUUAGGGCCCAGUGUGAUCUGUCACCACAGCAGGUAGAAAGUCCCAGUAACCCUUUGGAGGGCGUACAGACUUGCUGUCAUGGGGACCACCACAGCAGUGGCAGUUCCCAGACUAGCGUUCAAAGCCAGGUACAUGGGCGGGGUGACGGCAGCUCCGGCGGCUCUACAAAGGAGAACGGCGAGGAGGCCAGUUCACCCACCUCCAAGCGCAAGAGAGUCAAGUUUACCACCUUUACCACCCUUCCCACAGAGGAGCUGCCCUACAACUCCAUCCCCAUUGCAGAUGAAGAGGACAUUCAGUGGGUUUGCCAGGAUAUGGGCUUUCAAGACCCAGAGGAACUGCAUGAUUACAUGCGCAGAAUAAAAGAAAUAGCCUGAGAUAAGAGGUGCAGUGUCAAGCACUGCCCUCAGCUUUCUAAAGAAACUUUCCUUUCUAUUUUUCUCUUUUUCACCUAAGUGAAAGAUAAUUUUUCACGGACUAAAGGCCAGCUGUUGUUUUGGUUAGGGUUUGUUCCAUUUAGUUUGCACAGUGCUGUAAUCUCAUACACGUUCACACAGAAGAGAAUGCCAGGAAGCCAAAGACUUGACCAGAGGAUCUCAAUCACAAGAGAAAUCUGUAAAUUGUGGCUUCGGGAAAUAUGUUUCACUGGGAAGCUGAGCCAUGGCCAGAUGUGAGAGCUGCUCCAGCCCUCUUAAUUUCAGGAUCUGAUUCUAGAGAAAGCCUGAUAUGGACGGGAUUGUAGAGGAGGUAUGAUUUUGGCUGUGUUUUCUGGCUCAGUGGGACUCUGCAGUACUGUACCUACUCCAAACUAAAGAGGCCUUUGAUGAACAAAAAACUGUCAAAGACUCUCAUGAAAGUUGUAUCAAAAAAAUCAUUUUGUUUUUGCCAAAGUAGAAAAAGCGUUCUUUUUAAUGGCAAAACGUGUUUCAUUGUUGUUCUUGGUGCAGCACACUCACGAUUUGUACUCAUGUUCAUUCCUUACAUUUUUCUACAUUUCAUAGGUAGUCAAAAGCAGUGCCCUACUCCUAGCCCUCCUGGUCCUGAAAAAAUCUAAUGCCUUAUCAAAAUGGUCACAGUUCACUUCUUAAAUCAGUCAACAUACACAUUGUUUUCUCACUAUGGCUAGAGGCAGUGUAGUAUGCGCAACUAUGUAAAAUACUACGACUGAUCUUGAGCAUACGGUAUAAAUAGAAAAGAGCUUGUGUAUUGUGAGAAUCUCUAACAGUGUUUGCAUGGAAGGGGAUCUUGGGGCACAAUCAGCAACAUUUUCCAAAUUUGUAAAUGUUUGUAUUGUAAUUAUAUAAUCAUUCAUGCACAUUACAGUAAGUAUGUUAUCAUGCAUUACACGCAUGCCAUGUCAGGCCUACAUGCAGACAUUCCUCUCCAGUAUAUGUAUAUAUCGUAUCGAGCCAGAGCCACCUCCGGCACGUACGUUCAACAUGUUACUUACUCCGAGCUAGGGAGUGGGAAGCCGGUUGACGUCUUGAAAAUUUUAUAGUCUUGUGGUGAGUAGAAGGUUCCCGUCACUAAUGUCUUGACAGAGCUGUAGGUUUUUAACAAACUGGUAUCACAUUCGAUUGUUGAACAUGGGGAUCUGCUAUGCAUCGGAAUUGUAACAGAUCGAAUCUUUUGAUGAUUUAUUUCCCUUACUCGAGCUCCAACUGGCCUCCAGCCUUUGGGAAAAUAAAAAAUGUAUCAUGUACUAGAUGGAAACAUUAUCACUGAAGGCAAGAUCCUCUAAACUCUGCAGGAAAUGUCAUCUACCCGUAAAGAAGAUUACUGAAUAAAUGAUUGAUUUUGCCUCAUCAUUUAAAUCAUGGUCAUCCCAUGUUGUCAUGCUGUUUUUCAAAGACACUGUGUUGUGUAUGUAGUCCCUAUUUUGUUUUAAUCUAUUCUAGUGAACCCUCACCCCGGGGGUCGCAGAUUUGCUUUGUCUGAACUAUAUGGACAGGGCCAGAGACAAAUAGCUCGUUCUAGUAAAGAAAACUUGUGGUGCUGCUAGAGGCACAUGAGCUGUGUAGUUGCCAUGGGUGUGGUUGAAAGAACAAGUUGAAGUAUCUGAGGAUGCUGAUUGGCUUCAUCGGCAAUUCAGCGUAAUUGAAAACAGCACAGCCAGUGGAUGUGCAGGUUUUUUUGUGCGGAAGUGUUCAUUGCUGUGUUGAGCUUUUAAGGUUUAUUGACGACUCUACACUAAAAAAAAAAACAGAAAAAAGGAAAGAUCUGGCAGGUUUAGAAAGAGCAUAAAAUAUCUCAUGUGAGAUUUCAACCAAAACAUUGCGAGGCAGCCAGACUCAUAGUAACUGAGAGCAUGAUGAAAGCAGAGUUAAUAGUAUUUUUAAUUGCAGUUGCCCUGUUAGCGUAGAGUAUGCUUUUUUAGUACUAGAGUGGAUGACUGGAGAUGACUAUUGGAGGCUGAUGUUAUUCCCGCUCUGAUCUCACAUAAAACAAGUUGUUUUCAGGACUAAUGAAGCAACGAUGAGAUAAAAUCAGUUUCCGUGUAACUUUCCUUUAAUUCUCUACUGCAUCUAAGGGCUUGGAUUUUUAUUUAAUGCUAACUGACUGACUGAUUUUGGUGAUCCUAUUAGAAAAUUGAUUACUACUUACUUGCUCCCUCUGUGGUGAUAAUGAGCAUAAGCCGUUUCACUCAAAAUGUACAUUUUGUUGCCACCCUACCUGCAUUUCAGCCCCAACAGCCUUAUUAAAGACCCAAUCCAGAAUUGCUCUCCCUGUGGCAGUGCUGUUCUACAAAUACCAGCUUGAACUGGGACAAAAACGCAGAAUUUAAGUUUUUAUAUUUACUUAGAAAAUUUGUUUCCUGAGCUCCUCAUUCAUCGACCGACUACAGUAUAUGUGAAAGCCAAACACAAUUGUUAAAUGUGAUGUGAAGAUGGAAGUGGUUUCCGUACACCAACAUUGUAAAUACUGGAGCAAAACAGGCUUUACUUUUUCACUACUAUAAAAGUUGCCAUGAGAUUAUUUUCCAUCAGUAAACGAUACCUGUCAGUAUUCUACAUGUAUAUAGAUCCCAUUUGAUAUAUUGAUAAAUCCUGGAUUGGGACUUUAAGGAUUUGGUUUACUGCAUGCCCUCUCUAUGUUCCAUGUGGUUGAAAUGAAUAAUGCCCUGAUACUACUGUAUAAUAAUAUCAACUCUGUGUUAACAUCUAAAAAAGAGAUGAGACAUUUAUUUUGACAGUCCAAGCCCGUCCUUCAGCCACAGCAUCAACAUGAUCCGCCAUGAAACUGAGAAAAGUAGCAGCCAGCUGGAAGCGUUUCACUUUUAACUUUGAAUGAUGGUGUCUCAGGAUGAAUGUAAGAUUCCUAACUAAAGCUGGCUGUUUUGUGUUUUACGUUAAUGUUGUCAACCAAAUCUGGUGACAUUACUAUAACAGAUUAAGUAUCUAAUAGCAGCUUCGCACCCUGUUUUGUUACAAUUUCCAACUUUUCCUCACACAGUAUGUAAAUAUGUUGCACAUUACAUGAUACAUCUCAAAAACAUUUUAUUUUUUGAUCAUUUUUACAUCCUACUUCCAGUUCCUCUGUGAAUUUUGUCUUUUUGUAAUGCUGCUUUGGUAACGGUGGAUAUAUUGGUCAUUUUGUGUAUUCUUCAAGCUGCUAAUAGAAACUUAGUCUUCUUACAACAUGUAAUUGAAGAUCGUGACUUGUAUUUUCCUGCCCCCCCCAUGGAAAACUGUGCACGAUGUGUGCGACUCAGUUGGCUGUGCCAAGUAACCACCACACUGACUAUAAUAUGUUAAUGUACAGAGCACUGUUAAAUUUCCUGUAAUCUCUUGAAAACAAACCCUUGUAUUUU